UCAUAAUCCUGACCUUCCCCACCCCCUUCCUUCCUCCUCUUCCUCCAGCCGAGCCGAGGACCAUCCCAAUUGUAAAGGAGAGAGGAAAACAAAACCCCAUAACCCCUUGACAUGCAACCUUCUUUGGGAUGGGACAGGACGGGAUGCAGCUGCGGCGUUAGAAGGAAUUGGGGGAAAUUGGGGAUCUUUGCUCUCAUGACGGUGGAAGUGAGCUACUGGAGCCGGAUUCUGCUGCUCUCCUUGGGGCUGCUGGCUGCUUCAGCAACCGCCCAGAACUGCAGCUACGUCUUUCAAGGCCCAAACGGGACGAUACAAAGUCCAGGAUUUCCGUACGGAUAUCCAAAUUAUGCAAACUGCACGUGGACAGUCACUGCUGAGGAGCAGAACAGAAUACAGCUUGUGUUCCAGUCCUUCGCCUUAGAGGAAGAUUUUGAUGUAUUAUCAGUCUAUGAUGGAUUGCCUCAGCAGGGCAAUCUGAGAACAAGGUUAACGGGUUUCCAGCUGCCUGCUCCUAUCGUGAGCACUGGAGUAGUGUUAUCUUUAUGGCUCGUGAGCGAUUAUGCUGUCAGCGCUCAAGGCUUCCAGGCAAACUAUGAAGUUUUACCGAGUCAUACAUGUGGAAACCCGGGAAGACUCCAGAAUGGGAUCCAGCAAGGGAUGACGUUCAGCAUUGGAGACAAAGUGAGGUAUAGCUGCAACCCAGGCUUCUUUCUGGAGGGACAUGCCUUGCUCACUUGCCAUGCCAGUUCGGAAAACAGUGCCUCCUGGGAUUUUCCACUGCCCUCCUGCAGAGCCGACGAUGCUUGUGGAGGGACGUUACGGGGACAGAGUGGAAUUAUCUCCAGUCCUCAUUAUCCUUCAGAGUAUGGCAAUAAUGCAGACUGUACAUGGACUAUCCUAGCAGAGCCUGGAGACACCAUUGCUCUGGUUUUCAUGGAUUUUCAAUUAGAAGAUGGAUAUGACUUUUUAGAAGUCACUGGAACUGAGGGAUCCUCACUCUGGUUUACUGGAAUGAAUCUGCCCGCCCCAGUAAUCAGCAGUAAAAACUGGCUGCGACUUCACUUUACAUCGGACGGGAACCACAGGCAGAAGGGGUUCAGUGCCCAGUAUCAAGUCAAGAAGCAAAUUGAACUGAAAUCCAGAGGAGUGAAGCUGAUGCCCAGCAAGGACAAUAAUCAGAAGACAUCAGUGUUAACUCAGGUUGGUGUGUCCCAGGGACAUAAUAUGUGUCCAGACCCUGGGAUUCCAGAGAGAGGCAAAAGAAUAGGCAACGAUUUUAGGUUAGGAUCCAGCGUCCAGUUCGCCUGUAAUGAAGGCUAUGAUUUACAGGGCUCCAAAAGCAUCACCUGUAAGAGACUGAGUGACAUGAUCGCUGCCUGGAGUGACCAGAGGCCGGCAUGCAGAGCUAGGAUGUGCGAUACAUAUCUCCGGGGCCCCAGCGGAGUGAUCACCUCUCCCAACUACCCUGUUCAGUAUGAUAACAAUGCCUACUGCGUGUGGGUGAUCACCGCUCUCAAUCCAGCCAAGGUUAUCAAACUCACUUUUGAAGAAUUUGACUUGGAAAGAGGAUACGACACGCUGACAGUGGGUGAUGGAGGGCAGGCUGGAGACCAGAAAACUGUGCUCUAUGUUUUGACAGGUACGACGGUUCCUGAUCUGAUUGUCAGCACAAAUCACCAGAUGUGGCUCCUCUUCCAGACAGACAGCGUCCGCAACUUACUAGGAUUCAAAGCAACCUAUGAAGAAAUUGACCAGGGGAGUUGCGGCGAUCCUGGGAUACCAGCCUACGGCAAGAGAGAAGGCUCAACAUUUCGCCACGGGGACACUUUGAAGUUUGAAUGCCAGCCUGCCUUUGAGUUGAAGGGACAGAAAACAAUUACCUGCCAAAAGAGUAGCCAGUGGUCCGCUCAGAAACCAGUCUGUGUUUUUUCCUGCUUUUUCAACUUCACCACCCCAUCUGGGAUUGUCCUGUCACCAAAUUACCCUGAAGAAUACGGGAGCAGCUUGCACUGUGUUUGGUUAAUUAUAGCUAAGCCUGAGAGCCGGAUCCACUUGGCUUUCAAUGAUUUUGAUGUGGAACCUCAGUUUGAUUUCCUAGCCGUGAAAGAUGGAGGGACUCCUGAGUCCCCGGUACUGGGGACCUUCUCAGGGAGCCAGAUCCCUUCGUCUCUGACCAGCAGUGGCCACGUAGCCAGGCUUGAGUUCCAGACUGACCACUCCAUGGAGAAGAGAGGCUUCAACAUCACAUUCACCACGUUCAGGCACAAUGAAUGCCCCGAUCCUGGAGUGCCCGUCAAUGGGAAGAGGUUCGGCGACAGCCUCCAGCUUGGCAGCUCCGUAUCCUUCCUCUGUGAUGAGGGCUUCAUAAGAACCCACGGAUCAGAGACCAUCACCUGCAUCUUGAAGGAAGGCAAUGUGGUUUGGAACAAUGCGGUGCUGAGAUGUGAAGCUCCGUGCGGUGGCCAUCUGACUUCUCCGAGUGGAAUGAUCCUGUCCCCGGGCUGGCCUGGCUUCUACAAGGACUCUCUGAACUGUGUGUGGGUGAUAGAGGCUCAACCGGGAUAUCCCAUCAAAAUCACAUUUGACAGGUUUAAGACUGAGGUGAAUUAUGACACCCUGGAAGUGCGAGACGGCAGGUCCUAUUCCUCCCCACUGAUAGGGGUCUACGACGGGACUCAAGUGCCCCAGUUCCUCAUUAGCACCAGCAACUACCUCUACCUCCUCUUCUCUACUGACAAAAGCCACUCCGACAUCGGCUUUCAGAUCCGAUAUGAGACUGUGAAGCUUCAGUCAGACCAUUGUUUGGACCCCGGGAUCCCCGUAAAUGGACAGCGCCAUGGGAACGAUUUCUACGUAGGAGCUCUAGUGACGUUCAGCUGUGAUUCGGGCUACACCCUGAGUGACGGAGAGGCCCUGGAGUGUGAGCCCAACUUCCAGUGGAGCAGGCCUCUGCCCAGCUGCGAGGCUCUUUGUGGAGGUUACAUCCGCAGCUCCAGCGGCACCAUCUUAUCCCCAGGCUUUCCUGAUUUCUACCCCAAUAACUUGAACUGCACCUGGGUGAUAGAAACUUCUCACGGCAAAGGUGUUUUCUUCACCUUUCACACCUUCCAUCUGGAGAGCGGCCACGACUACCUGCUGGUCACCGAAAAUGGCAGCUUCACGCAGCCGCUGAAACAGCUCACCGGGUCCCGCCUGCCUCCCCCCAUCAGUGCCGGGCUCUUUGGGAACUUCUCCGCUCAGAUCCGCUUCGUCUCGGACUUCUCCAUGUCCUAUGAGGGAUUCAACAUCACCUUCUCGGAGUACGACCUGGAGCCCUGCGACGAGCCCGAGGUCCCGGCCUACAGCAUCCGGAAGGGCCUGCAGUUCGGUGUGGGGGACGUGCUGACCUUCUCCUGCUUCCCUGGGUACCGGCUGGAAGGCGUGUCGCGCAUCACCUGCCUGGGGGGUAGACGGCGUGUGUGGAGUUCGCCUCUGCCAAGGUGUGUUGCUGAAUGUGGCUCAUCUGUAACCGGAACUCAAGGGGUUCUGUUGUCCCCCAACUAUCCAAUAAACUACAAUAACAACCAUGAAUGCAUCUACUCCAUCCAGAGCCAGCCAGGGAAGGGAAUCCAGCUGAAAGCCAGGACUUUUGAACUGGAUUCCGGGGAUGUUCUCAAGGUCUAUGACGGUAACAACAACUCUGCUCGCCUGCUUGGCUCCUUCAGCCACACUGAGAUGCUGGGCACCAGUAUCAACAGCACCUCCAGCAGCAUGUGGCUUGAAUUUAUCUCCAACAGCGAGAACACAAGUAAAGGCUUUGAGCUACAGUUUUCUAGUUUUGAGCUCAUUAAGUGCGAGGACCCCGGCAUCCCACAGUUUGGCUACAAGGUCCGUGACGAAGGGCACUUUGCGGGCAGCUCUGUGUCCUUUAACUGUGACCCUGGCUAUACGUUACGAGGCAGCAGGGCGCUGGUCUGUUUGACAGGAGAACGCAGAGCUUGGGACCAACCGCUGCCGGUGUGCGUAGCGGAGUGUGGAGGCACUAUCAGAGGAGAGUCAUCAGGACGGAUAUUGUCUCCAGCGUACCCAACACCCUAUGAUCACAACCUCAAUUGCAUUUGGACAAUCGAGGCAGAAGCUGGUUGCACAAUAGGGCUCCAUUUCAUGGUUUUCCACACAGAGGAGUUCCAUGACGUUCUGAGGAUAUGGGAUGGGCCAGUGGAGAAUGGGAUCAUCUUAAAGGAGAUGAGCGGCUCCAGCUUACCCAGCGACGUCCACAGCACCUUUAACUCCGUCGUCCUUCAGUUCAACACCGACUUCUUCACCAGCAAGCAGGGCUUCGCUAUUCAGUUUUCAGUUUCCACUGCCACCUCCUGCAACGACCCAGGGAUUCCCCAGAAUGGGAGCCGGAGCGCAGACAGCAAAGAAGCCGGUGACUCCAUCGUCUUUCAGUGCGAUCCAGGAUACACCCUGCAAGGGGAGGCCAAAAUCAGCUGCGUGCAGAUUGAGAACAGGUUUUUCUGGCAACCUGACCCUCCCUCCUGCAUAGCUCCCUGCGGAGGGAUCCUGAUGGGACCGGCUGGGGUCAUCUUGUCACCACAGUACCCUGAGCCCUAUCCCCCGGGGAAGGAGUGUGACUGGAAGUUGACGGUCUCUCCCGAUUAUGUCAUUGCCCUGGUAUUUAAUAUCUUUAAUUUGGAGCCCGGCUAUGAUUUCCUCCACAUCUACGAUGGCCCCAGCUCACUCAGCCCCCUGAUCGGGAGCUUCUACGGCUCCCAGCUGCCUGACCGGAUAGAGAGCAGCAGCAACAACCUUUUCCUGGCUUUCCGAAGCGACGCCUCCGUGAGCAAUGCAGGUUUCGUGAUCGAUUAUACAGAAAAUCCCAGGGAGUCUUGCUUUGAUCCUGGGUCAGUUAAGAAUGGCACCCGAGUGGGCACAGACCUGAAACUGGGAUCGACAAUUACCUACUACUGCGAUGGUGGCUAUGAAAUCGAAGGAGUAUCCACCCUGACAUGCAUAAUGGGAGGGGAUGGGAAACCCACGUGGAACCAACCUCGGCCAACAUGCACAGCACCGUGUGGUGGUCAGUACACUGGAUCAGAUGGAGUAGUUCUGUCUCCAAAUUAUCCUCGGAAUUACACCAGUGGACAAAUCUGCCUCUAUUUUGUCAUCGUGCCGAAGGACUACGUGGUUUUUGGGCAGUUCGCCUUCUUCCAGACAGCGCUCAAUGAUGUCAUAGAAGUUCACGAUGGACCCAACCAACACUCCCGGCUCCUCAGCUCGCUCUCCGGCUCUCACACAGGUGAAUCAUUGCCCUUAGCCACCACCAAUCAAAUCCUCAUUAAGUUCAGUGCCAAGGGUCAAGCAACUGCCAAAGGAUUUCAUUUUGUCUACCAAGCGGUUCCUCGCACCAGUGCUACACAAUGCAGCUCCGUGCCGGAGCCCCGCUACGGGAGGAGGAUUGGCAGUGAUUUCGCUGUCGGGGCCAUUGUCCGAUUCGAGUGCAGUGCCGGAUAUGCUCUCCAGGGCUCCCGGAGUAUUGAAUGCCUGACCAUGCUGGGAGCAUUAGCUCAGUGGAAUGUCUCCGUGCCUACCUGUCUUGUGCCUUGUGGUGGAAACUUGACCGAGCGUAAAGGCACCAUCCUUUCCCCUGGCUUCCCUGAGCCCUACCUGAACAGCCUCAAUUGCGUGUGGAAGAUAACCGUCCCUGAAGGAGCAGGAAUACAGAUUCAAGUGAUCAGUUUUGUCACUGAGCAGAACUGGGAUUCCCUGGAAGUGUUUGAUGGAGGGGAUAAUACGGUCACCAUGCUGGGAAGUUUCUCUGGUACGACGGUGCCUGCUUUGCUGAACAGCACUUCGAACCAGCUCUAUCUGCAUUUCUACUCGGAUAUCAGCGUGUCCGCCGCGGGAUUUCACUUGGAAUACAAAACCGUCGGCCUGUCCAGCUGUCCAGAACCUGCAGUGCCUGGGAAUGGCCUGAAGAUUGGAGAGAGGUACUUGGUUAAUGAUGUCGUCUCCUUUCAGUGUGAGCCAGGCUAUGCCCUUCAGGGGCACUCUCACAUUUCCUGCAUGCCGGGGACCGUCCGGCGCUGGAAUUAUCCACCUCCACUUUGCAUCGCCCAAUGCGGUGGGACCGCAGAAGAGAUGGAAGGAGUGAUCUUGAGUCCUGGGUUCCCAGGAAACUACCCCAGUAACAUGGACUGCAGCUGGAGGAUCUCUCUGCCCGUAGGGUUCGGUGCCCACAUCCAGUUUCUGAACUUCUCCACCGAGCCAAACCACGAUUUCAUUGAAAUCCGGAAUGGACCUUACGACACCAGUAAUGUGAUUGGCAGGUUCAGCGGCACUGAAAUCCCGGGCUCCCUGCUGUCAACAUCACACGAGACCACCGUGUACUUCCACAGCGACCAUUCACAAAACAAGCCAGGGUUUAAGCUGGAAUACCAAGCCUACGAACUCCAAGAGUGUCCUGACCCUGAGCCUUUCGCGAAUGGCAUUGUGAGAGGAGCCGGUUACAACGUUGGCCAGUCCGUAUCUUUUGAGUGCCUUCCUGGAUACCAGCUGAUUGGCCAUCCAGUCCUGACGUGUCAGCACGGCACCAAUAGGAACUGGGACCACUCACUGCCCAGGUGUGAAGUCCCAUGCGGAGGAAAUAUCACCACCCAGAAUGGCACGGUCUACUCCCCAGGCUUCCCCAACCCGUACCCCAAUUCCCAGGACUGCACCUGGCUCAUCACAAUGUCUGCCGGGUAUGGGAUUCAUCUCAACUUCACCCUGCUGCAAAUGGAGCCCUACAAUGACUUCAUCACCAUCUGGGAUGGACCACAGCAAACAGCCCCACAGCUGGGCAUGUUCACGGGGAACUCAGUGAAGAAAUCUGCCCAAAGCUCCUCCAACCAGAUCUUGAUGAAAUUCCACAGUGAUGCAACCAACGGAGGGAUCUUUGCUAUCUAUUUCUAUGCCUAUCAGCUCUUCAAAUGCCACCCUCCGACCAUUGUUCCCAAUGCCGAAAUCAUCACUGAGAAUGAAGAAUUUAACAUAGGUGACAUUGUGAGGUAUCAGUGCCUCCCCGGCUUCACCCUGAGCGGAACUGAAAUCCUGACGUGCAAGCUGGGGACUCAUCUCCAGUUCGGAGGGCCGCCCCCCACCUGCGAAGUGCACUGCCUGAUGAACGAGGUUCUGAUGGACUCCACCGGCGUGAUCCUCAGCCAGAGCUACCUGGGGCGUUACCCCCAUUUCCAGACCUGCUCCUGGGUGAUCAAAGUAGAGCCCGGGUACAACAUCACCCUCACCAUUGAGUAUUUCCUGAGUGAGAAGCAGUACGACGAGUUCGAGAUCUUUGAUGGUCCCGCUGGCCAGAGUCCACUGCUGUUGUCUCUAAGUGGGAAUUACUCUGCUCCUCUGACUGUAACCAGCACUGGGAACAAGGUGUAUCUCCGCUGGUCCUCUGACCAUACGUACAGCCGAAAGGGCUUUAAAAUCCGCUACUCAGCUCCCUACUGCAGCCUCCCUCUGCCCCCUUUCCACGGCUCGAUUCUCAGCCAUACCGGGCUGCAGCCAGGCAGCGAGAUCCUUUUCGGCUGCGACGCGGGCUACCGUCUCAUUGGCCACAGCGGUACCACGUGCUCAAGGCACCCUGAAGGCUAUUACCACUGGAGUGAAGCGGUUCCUCUGUGCCAAGCUAUCUCCUGUGGAGUGCCCAGAGCCCCGACAAACGGGAUCGUCUUCGGCAAGGAGUACACCGUGGGUACCAAAGCUGUCUAUCAUUGCAACCAGGGAUUCCACCUGCAGGCCACAGAAGAGUCCACCACAGAGUGUCUGCAGACAGGGCAGUGGAGUAACAGCAACAUCCCUCCACAGUGCAUGGCCGUCACCUGCCCCGAUAUCAACAGCAUCACGGUGGAGCAUGGCAGAUGGAGGCUGACCUACGAGACCCAGUACCAGUACGAUGCCCAGCUCAUGCUGAUCUGUGACCCUGGCUACUACUACACGGGCCAGCGGGUCAUCAGGUGCCAGGCCACGGCGUGGAGCAUAGGCGACCCUAUGCCAACGUGUAAAAUUAUCUCCUGUGGAGACCUGCCAACGCCUCCCAAUGGGAACAGGAUUGGGACUUUAACCAUCUACGGUGCCACGGCCAUCUUCUCCUGCAAUACUGGCUAUACCCUGGUGGGGUCGCGUGUGCGGGAAUGCAUGGCUAAUGGGCUUUGGAGUGGAAGCGAAGUGAAAUGUUUGGCCGGGCACUGUGGCAUACCCAACCCCAUCGUCAACGAGAUCACUGGGGAGAAUUACAACUACCGAGGCAGCGUGGUGUACCAGUGCAACCCUGGCUUCCGCCUCAUUGGGAUGUCUGUGAGGAUCUGCCAGCAGGACCAUCACUGGUCUGGAAAGACUCCUGUCUGUGUGCCCAUCACUUGCGGUCACCCCGGGCAACCCGCCAACGGCCUGACGCAGGGGAGCCAGUUCAACCUGAACGACAUGGCCAAGUUUGUAUGCAGUCGGUACCACUUGGAAGGGGCAUCCCAGUCACAGUGCCUGGCGAACGGCCAGUGGAACUCCCUGCCCACCUGCCACAUUGUAAACUGUACUGACCCCGGGCACCUGGAAAACAGCAUCCGUCAAGCAGCAAGUGGUCCUCACAGAUUCAUUGGAACAACUGUCUCAUAUCAAUGCAGCCAUGGGAUAUACUUAUUGGGCACACAUGUACUUUCCUCAGGGGAUGGCACUUGGGACCGGUCUCUCCCACAGUGUCUCUUGGUUUCCUGUGGCCAUCCUGGCUCCCCGCCCCACUCCCAGAUCUCAGGUGAUAGGUACACGGUAGGGUCUGUCAUCCGCUAUAGCUGCCUGGGGAAGCGGAGUCUGAUUGGCAACUCCACUCGCAUGUGCCAGCUGGACGGGCACUGGAGUGGCUCCCUCCCUCACUGCUCAGGAGGCAGCCAGGGAACGUGUGGUGACCCAGGGAUCCCUUCACAUGGCAUCAGGCUGGGCAGCGAGUUUGGUGUGGACAGCAUGGUUCGGUUCAGCUGCGAACUGGGCUACACCCUCCGAGGUUCGUCGGAGAGGACCUGCCAUGCCAAUGGUUCCUGGAGCGGCAUGCAGCCGGAGUGCGAAGUUAUAUCUUGUGGAAACCCAGGGACUCCAAGCAAUGCAAGAGUUGUGUUUAAUGACGGCUUGGGUUUCUCCAGCUCCAUUAUAUAUCAGUGCCGGGAAGGCUAUUAUCCACGGAGUGCUGAGCAGGCACUGUACUGUCACGGGACCUGGACAGGCAGCACUCCUGAGUGUACAGUGAUAAACUGUGGGGAUCCUGGUGUACCAGCCAACGGCUUUAGGCUGGGAAAUGACUUUAACUACAAUAAAACGGUAGUGUUUCAGUGCAUUCCUGGCUACAUGAUGGAGUCGGACAGGGCAUCCUCUUUGAUUUGCACAAAAGACCGAACCUGGAACGGCACCAAACCUGUCUGCAAGGCUAUCACCUGUAAAUCCCCACAAGUCAUCCCCAAUGGGAAAGUCGUGGGCUCAGAUUUCAGCUGGGGCUCAAGUGUGAGCUAUGCCUGCCUGGAAGGAUACCAGCUCUCGCUACCUGCCAUCCUGACUUGUGAAGGGAAUGGGACAUGGACCGGAGAACUGCCACAAUGUUUUCCUGUGUUCUGUGGUGACCCCGGGACACCAGCUCAAGGCAGGAGAGAAGACAGAGGAUUCACUUACCGUUCAUCUGUUUCAUUCUCCUGCCUGUCCCCACUGGUGCUGGUGGGUUCAGCUCGGAGGUUCUGUCAGUCUGAUGGGACGUGGAGUGGAACCCAGCCCAGCUGCAUAGAUCCAACUCUCACUACAUGUGCUGACCCUGGUGUGCCUCUCUUUGGAAUGCAAAACAACUCUCAGGGUUAUCAGGUGGGAAGCAUCAUGUUCUUCAGGUGUCAGAAAGGAUACCUACUGCAAGGCUCGACCACUAGAACAUGCCUCCCCAACCUGACAUGGAGUGGAGUACAGCCCGACUGUGUUCCUCACCACUGCAAACAGCCAGAGACCCCGUCCCAUGCUAAUGUGGGUGCCCUAGAUUUGCCCUCCUUGGGCUACACCUUGAUCUACUCGUGCCAGAGUGGGUACUAUCUCACGGGAGGAUCCGAACAUAGAACCUGCAAAGCGGAUGGCAGCUGGACAGGGAAAACACCCAUUUGCCUUGCUGAUAUACGACCCAGCGGAAGACCGGUUGGCACUGCCAGGGAUCCACCCCUUGCUAAAGUGUCAGUUCCCGCUGAUGUGUUUGCAAAGAAUUCUCUGUGGAAAGGCUCUUACGAAUACAUGGGAAAGAAGCAGCCCGCGAUGCUCUCUGUCACGAGCUUUGAUCCCACUACCAGUAAAGUCAAUGCUACUUUGAUAGACCACAGUGGCGUGGAACUGCUGGUGUCAGGCAUUUACAAGAGAGAAGACAUGCACCUACUUCUCCAGGUUUAUCAGAUAACAGGACCGGUGGAGAUCUUUGUUAACAAGUUCAAGAAUGAUAAAUGGGCUUUAGAUGGGCAUGUCUCGUCUGAGUCGUCAAGCGGCACUUUUGUAUACCAGGGCUUUGUAGGCGGCAAAGGGUUUGGGCAGUUUGGCCUUCAGAGACUCGACAUCAGCCUGAUUGAAAACGAUCCAGAAUCAAUAGGACAUCAUUUUGCAUCAAACAGCAGUUCUGUGGCAGCUGCCAUUCUUGUGCCUUUCAUAGCCCUGAUUAUUGCAGGGUUUGUGCUCUAUCUCUACAAACACAGGAGAAGACCAAAAGUACCAUUCAACGGUUAUGCCGGCCAUGAAAACACCAACGUCCGGGCGACGUUUGAAAACCCGAUGUAUGACCGAAACCUACAACCCACAGACAUCGUGGCCAACGAGGCGGAUUUCACUGUCAGCACCGUGUGCACGGCGGUAUAGCAUUCAUCCUCUCGUGCGAAUUCUCCACGGGCAGGUGUCCUGUUGAUGAUUGUGUUUCACCUCACUAGUCCUCGGUCAUUAUCUUCCCUCCCCCAGUCAUGCUGAGGCUGUGGAGAAGCUGCUGCUCCAUUCUUGGACUUUGAGUUACUCCAGAGAGAGCCUGCUAGGCUGUCUUCCAUCCUCCUCAUCUUCACCAACCCACCACAUCUUGCAGUGGAUAAUCAAGCCAACCAAAGUGUCUCCUCCAGCACAGCUCGGGAGAACCUCUCCUUUUCCCCUCCACUGAGCCACUUCCAGUUCCUCCUGGCCAACUCCAAGAUUGCAGAGUUGCUGCUCAGAAAUCAGACCGCGCCCAGCUGCUGAGCCUUAGAAGGCAGGUGAUCGCCUUCUAAAUUGCCUUGCCAACCUGCUGUUCAUUAUCUCAAGAGAAGCAGUUAAUGCCAGCUGAGUGCUUUUCUAGCAGUGGAAACAGCUGUUGGGGGCUUCUGUGAAACCAACACCCCCAUUGCUUUUGGGAAAAAGCUCUCUUGGCAAAGGGAUGGACUUCAGGUUGCAUGGCACAAAAUGUCUAUGGGCGUAACUGAGACAUCCAACUUCUGGAAGGGAGAAAUGAUUGGUUGGUCUGUUGUUGAUUUUUGUUUUGGUUUUUAGCAAGGGCUUUUAGUGAUGCAAAAGUUCUGAACAAGGAUUUUUUUUUUUUAUUAGAGAGAAGGAAAAUCUUUUUUUCCCUUCUUAUUGAUUUUUCCGUUGGUUUUCUUCUGCUGCUGCUGUUAAUUUCAACAUCCUUUCUCUAAAUCUCAGAGGUCACCAUGGGGCCAAUAGGAAUUGAGUCUCUCAACCAAUGAUUCUCUGUCCCUCCUGUCCCAGCGUUAAUGAUUGCUGCUCUUCUGUAACUCUUUACACAAACAUACAAAUUUAGGGGGAUAGAAAAAAAGAAAACUUCUUUUUCAAAAUAGACCCUACAAAUGCAGAUCAUUUUUUCCCCUAGUGAGUUCAGAAACCUUUGCCCUUUCCUUGGCAACACGGGAAGGGCUUUAAUUUCAAUGCGGCACCAUGGGCUAUACUUCUCAGAGGCCAAAAGACAGUUUUGACCGCAAUGAAAGCAGAUGAUAAGACUUGAUGUUGUUAUAUUUCCCUUCAAAGAAUGACGCUUUGGUGAUGAGACUGAUCAGCUCUAAUAAAGGGAUUUAGGUUUUGAUUCAGGAUUUAAUUCUGUUUGGUGUGAGUAGCUCUUUGUUAGACAGGACUGAAGUCAGAGAGAGCAACCGUGCCGUUUUAUCACAUCACGAGCCGACCACUUUUCCCAAUGCAGCAGACUUAGACCAGUAUGUGUCAAAUGAACUUAGAAGAAGCAGCUUUUAGUUACUGAAGUGGAAACAAAACUUUAAAAAAAAAACACAAAAAACCCAAGGUGUUAAUUUACAUUUGUUUGGUUUUGAACAGUAUCUUUCCCCUGUCUAAUAUUGUCUUGGUUCCUGUCUGAUUAAAGCCACACUGCAGUGCUUUUCUUUGCUUUCCCCUUUACUGGAGCUAUAGAUAUAUUUAUUUUUACUUCUAGCUCUUAUUUUGACAGCUGUCUGACAGUAAGCAGUGAUCUGCAGCCUGUUUGCUGAACAGCCAGCCUGCCAAAACACAGGCCAGUUGCACUCCCAGAACCAUGCUGCUCAGAUGGAUUGGGAAGAGACUCGUGUGUGUUUAAAGCGAUAGGGUCCUGUGGCCCCUUAUAGACUAACAGACGUAUUGGACGAAGUGGGUAUUCACCCACGAAAGC